UAAUUUGGCCAAAUAAAUAAACCUAAUUUCUAGAUCGCGAUCUCUAUUUGAAAUUUUACUAUUAUUUAGUAAUAUUUAGACUACGUCGAGAGAAUAACAUGGAAGCGUCAAUCUUUAGUGCUCUUGAGAUCAUUGCUGAUUUCGAUGACAUAUUUCAUGUUAAAGAUAUUAAAUGUAAAGAGUUAAUUACUAAACAUUUACAAAAAAUGGAUGCAUUUAAUUUCCAAAUUCCAGAUUUUGCUCCUGGUCUUGACUGGUUGAAUGUUUCUUCCCCCUUGUCUAUAAAAAACAACCUUAAAGGUCACAUCAUUGUUCUUGACUUCUUCACAUAUUGCUGUAUCAACUGCAUGCAUAUUCUUCCAGACUUGGAAAUUGUAGAGCAGAAAUUUCCUCAUGAGUCAGGUGUUGCAGUUGUAGGUGUUCAUUCUGCUAAAUUUUUGAAUGAGAAAGUGACAGAAAAUAUCCUAAGUGCAGUUUUAAGGUACAACAUCUCUCAUCCAGUAGUGAAUGAUUCAGAUGCUAUUUUGUGGCAAACUUUGUCAGUGUCUUGUUGGCCUACUUUAGUAUUUGUUGGGCCAAAUGGUCAGUUAAUCUACUCUUUGGCAGGUGAAGGACACAGGGAAAAAAUUUUGAAAUUUCUUGAAGUAGCUACAGACUAUUACUCCACACAUAUUCAUCCUUGCCAUUUACCUGUAUGUUUAGAGAAAGAUAAACAUGCAGGUACAGGUCUCAGUUUUCCUGGAAAAAUAUAUUAUUGGGAAGACAAAGAUUAUCUGGUUAUUGCUGAUACAGGGAAUAAUAGGAUUGUGAUUACAGACUUGUCUGGUGUUGUCCAGGUUGUUGUUGGUAAUGGUAAUGUUGGAUUAAGAGAUGGUGAUUUUGAAACAGCUGAGUUUUCGUCACCUCAAGGAGUAACAUGUGAUCAAGGGUGUAUUUAUGUUGCUGACACUGGCAACCAUUGCCUGAGACAAAUUGAUUUUAAUGUCUCCAAAGUAACGACUCUCUCAGGGACUGGUAAGCAGGGAGUGGACCACGAGGGUGGCAAAGUAGCAAGAGAGCAAGAGAUUUCUUCACCCUGGGAUGUUGUUUUAGGGACUACACAAGAUGGCUUAGCUCCUGUAAUUUAUAUAGCCAUGGCAGGAACACAUCAGAUAUGGGCAUACUUUCUAUCAGAUGGUCUAUGGUUAAAAAAUGAAACAUUUCCAGCUCGGACCUGUGUAAGGUUUGCGGGUAGUGGAAGAGAAGAAAACAGAAAUAACUCCUACCCUGAGAAGGCAAGUUUUGCACAGCCUUCAGGGCUAGCUCUGUGUUCAAAGAACAAGAAGCUUUACGUGGCUGACAGUGAAAGUUCCAGUAUUCGUUGGAUUUCUUUGGAAAAUGGCAAAGUUUCUGGAUUUGUUGGUGGAGAUAAAGAUCCAACAAACCUAUUUGCUUUUGGAGACGCUGAUGGGGUAGGGAUGAAUGCAAAGCUCCAACAUCCUUUAGGUGUAGCUUUAUUGAAUGAAGAUCUCAUAGUUGCAGAUUCAUAUAAUCACAAGAUAAAGAUCGUAGAUUUGAAAACGUCACUAUGUCAGACACUAGCUGGCACUGGUAAACCUGGAGCAGUUAUUAAAACAACAGACCUAUCCUCUUGUGAGUUUAAUGAGCCUGGUGGGUUGGCAGUCCAUCCUGCAAGCAAGUUGAUUUAUGUUGCUGAUACUAAUAACCAUGAAAUUAAAGUCAUUGAUUUAUCAGAAAAGACAAUAUUCAAACUACCACUUGUGUUUCCUAGAGGUGACAAGGUUAUCAAAGAAAGUAAGGAUUCUGUUGAACAAAGAGAGGCAACCCCAGAAAAUCUGCUUCUUCCCCUUGAUGAUAUCACAAUACCAGUCAGCUGUAACUCAGUAACAAUCAAACUGCCAGUGACGCUGUUGGAAGGAGAGCACAUCAACACUGAAGCACCAAACAGUUGGAGGAUCUGUGCUUUAGAUGAAAGUGGACAAGCUCUACUCAAGUUACUCUCUGUAUCAGAACAAAAAGGGAAACUUCAUUCCAUUACUUUUGAAACUGGCUCAUGUUCUGGGUAUGCAAGUUUGACUCUGAAAAUCCCUUCACUAGCUGAUGUAGGGAGGUUUACUAUAAAAAUAACUGCCCAGACAUUUGCCUGCUUGGAUAAAAGUAAUGUUUGCUUACCUCCAAAACAAACACAUUUUAAACAAGUGUUUUGUUGUGGGUAAUAACAGAAAACUUAAAUGAAAAAUUUGAAGCUUAUUUAAUGUAUCGCUGAAUUAUUGAACUGUACCACAUUUAGCAUGUUUUAUAUAAAGGACAUUUCAUCUACUGCUACUAUAUUUGCCUUGUCUUUAAAAAAAAACUGUGUUUAUAUAUUUAUUG